CUUUUUGAAAAAUCUCCAUCUCACAAUUGUUAUUCUCUAGCUUCCGUGAGCUUUGUUUGGUUACGCCAUCGAUUUUGAUCUCGUGCUUGAAUCAGCAUGUCAAGCGUCGUCGUCGAGUCUGAUGUACAACUGAGUCUUGACUCGAUCAGGGAAUCAUUGAUCAGACAAGAAGACACCAUCGUCUUCAGCUUGAUCGAGAGAGCUAAGUUCCCACUCAAUUCACCUGCAUUCGAGGAAUCUCGCUGCCUAGAUUCAGGAAACUCCUCUUCUCUGACUGAGUUCUUUGUCAGAGAGAUUGAAACCAUCCAAGCUAAGGUUGGAAGAUACGAUAACCCGGAGGAGAAUCCUUUCUUCCUUGACAACAUUCCUCAAUCCGUUUUUCCUACGCACAAAUAUCCACAGGCUCUUUAUCCUAAGGCUUCAUCUGUUAACAUAAACAAACGCCUUUGGGAUGUUUACUUUAAAGAAUUGCUUCCUUCGUUUGUCAAACCUGGUGAUGAUGGCAACUAUGCAUCAACUGCUGCUUCUGAUCUCGCUUGUUUACAAGCUAUUUCGAGAAGGAUUCACUAUGGUAAGUUUGUUGCUGAGGUCAAAUUCAGUGAUGCUCCACAUGAUUACGAGCCUGCCAUUUGCUCUAAGGAUACAGAGGCAUUAAUGAAGCUUUUGACGUUUGAGAAAGUGGAAGAAAUGGUUAAGAAGAGAGUUGAGAAGAAAGCAGAAACGUUUGGACAAGAGGUGAAGUGCGUCUCUGGUGAUGAGGAGAGUGAGAAGAACUAUAAAGUGGAUCCAUCGCUCGUCUCUCGCAUCUAUGGAGAAUGGCUUAUCCCUCUUACCAAGGACGUCGAGGUUGAGUAUCUUCUACGUCGUCUCGAUUGAAUCUUGAGACAUUGAAACAAGAAGUUCAUGAGUCCAUUGUCUUUCCCACAAACUCUUACAAAGUUGUUU